AUGUCAUAUCCGUCAACAACAACAGAAAGGCCAACAACAAGAACAGCAAUGAAAACACCGACAAACCAAUCAGCACGUGUUACUGCGCCAGAAACUGUUAAAGCAAUGGGUUUUACGGGUAUGACAGAUGGUGUAGCCAUGUUGACACGUGCUAAAGAAAAUUUGAUCUUUACUAUGAGCGCAUUACCGGAAGUACAACGAAUUGCGCUCUCUCAAUCUAAACGAGAAUUCAUCGAAAUGUGUUCAUUCGAUGGAAAAGAAUGCGAUAUUGACGCUGAUUUCCAACUACACGUUGAUCCGGAAUUCGGGAACUGUUAUACAUUUAAUUGGGAUGUAAAUAACAGUCAUUCAAGUAGUAAAGCUGGCCCAAUGUAUGGUAUUCGAGUAAUAUUAUUUGUGAAUAUAUCAGAUUAUAUGGCAACAUCGGAAGCUUCAGGUGUGCGAUUAGCAGUACACAGUCCGACAGAUUUUCCAUUUCCGGAUACAUUUGGUUAUAGUGCACCUGUUGGUUUUGCUUCUUCAUUUGGCAUAAAAAAGCACGUCGUUCAAAGAUUAUCCGCACCAUAUGGUGACUGUCAACAAGAAAAGAAAAUGGAUUCAAGUGUUUACAUUUAUGGUGACUAUGAUUACAAUCCAGAAGGAUGUCAUCGAAGUUGCUUUCAAAAUACGUUGCUUGAUAAAUGCGGUUGUGGUGAUCCGCGUUUUCCGGUUCCAAAAGGAAGAACACAUUGUUCCGCUUUUAAUGCUACAGCAAGAAGUUGCUUGGAUCAGGCGAUUGCAGAAAUCGGUGAUUUUCAUCGUAUUAUGAAGAGAUUGACGAAUUGUCAAUGCAAACAAUUAUGUGAAAAUGAAGUAUACAGUGUUACCUUUUCUACUUCUAAAUGGCCAUCCGGUGGAACCAAUCUUGGAAAUUGCGAUCCGAAUAUGAAUGAUGAAGAAUGCAGGAGAUAUUAUAAAGAUAAUGCUGCAAUGGUUGAAGUUUAUUAUGAACAGCUUAAUUAUGAACUGUUGAAAGAAUCUGAAGCAUACGGUCUUGCUAAUUUAUUGGCUGAUGUUGGCGGACAUCUUGGCUUAUGGAUGGGUUUUAGCGUAAUAACAAUAAUGGAAUGUGCGGCAUUGUUCAUUGAUCUUAUAAAAUUAUGUUGCAAUAAAUUUAAAGAAAGACGAGCACUCAGAAAAUCAUCCAAAAUACAGAAGGUCGAAGAGCGUUACGAUGAAGUUACUCCUGGAGAAAUUCCAGAAGGCAAUGAGGAUUUUCAAUUUAUUGAACAUAGUGAUGAAAAUGCGAUUGAUGAUAAUAAUUAUUAA